AGUGUUACAACCUCCUUGCACUCAGUCGCUUUACGUGCGCCGCGUUAGCUCGUCCCUUUAUUAGCGAUCGAUAAAGUAAAAACUGUCAAAAAUUGGCGGGAAAAGAUCGAGUGACAUUCUAUAAUUUUUUUUCUUGAAACCCUUUUUUCUUGUGAUUUUUUGCUGAGUUGUAAAUAGUCUGCCUACGAAAUGCAUAUUAAAAUCAGUUUAUGUUUGAUACUGACCGUCAUCGCAAUGACGUCCUGCCAAAAAGAUGACGAGAUCAUCAGGCAGGACUUCGAUGGUCCUCAUGAGGAUGGAUCCUACAGAUGGGCGCUGCAAACUUCUGGAGGCAUUUACCACGAGCAGAAAGGUGGAUUGGAGCCCAACAGUGCUGGGGAGCCGAGCUUGUUGGUGCAAGGGCAGUACCAAUACACCGCACCUGAUGGCCAGGUCAUAAACGUCCUCUACACAGCUGGCGAGAACGGGUUUGAAGCCCGGGGCGAUCACAUACCAACCCCACCGCCGAUUCCAGUCGCGAUACAACGAGCUCUGGACUAUUUAGCUACAAAACCGCCCUCUACCGACUAUUAAAAUAAACUUUCACUGAUACGAAACAAACACGGAACCCUAAAACUGUCUAAAUGGGAUUCUGUAGUCAAAGCGGAAAACACGGGAAUCCUAUUGCUAAGAUUUCAAUGUUCGUCUUUCCGUCUGUCUGUCACCAGACUGUAUCUUAGGAUCCGUGAUAGCUUGAUAGUUGAUAUUUAGCCAUACGAAUUCCUCUUGCCAUUAUAAUAAGAAAUACUCAAUCACUACACAGUAUAAAACAAAGUCGCUUUCUCUGUCCCUAUAUCUCUAUGUACGCUUAAAUCUUUAAAAUUACGCAACGGAUUUUGAUGCAGUUUUUUAAUUGAUGUAGUGAUUGAAGAGGAAGGUUUAUAUGUCCAUUAAAUAGUGGAGAAAUUUAGUACUUAUCAGACCGGAGUGGUACCACGGCCUCACAAAAAACCGGCGUGAAACAACGACAUGUCUUUCGCCGUGUGAAUGCGUUAGUGUUCCGGUUUUAAAGUUUGAACGUGGUUCAUGUAACCUGCAUAAUUAUCUGCCUACACCUUUUUACUUAUAAUAUUAUAUGCGUAUGUUAUUUAAUAAAUGGCCAGUCUAUAAAAGUACAAAAAUGUAAGUAAAUAAAAACGUAGGUAUAGUUUAGUGUACUUAGUUUUUAAGGCUUUUCUUUAUACUAUAUAAAUUGAUAUUAAUGCCAUCUUGUGAAGGAAAACGCAAUCUGUGAUUAUAAUGCUUUUCACUAGAUGGCGUUGGAUAUGAAAAAAGGUGGUAAUAAAAUAAAACAAUUGUAAAAAAACUUUAAGUUGGUAGUUUUAUUUAUAGAAAAAUUAUAUGAAAAAUGCGUCACAUUAGUACAAUUAUUUCGUAUACAGGUAAGAAAAUAAAGAUUUUUUCAGUACAGAUAUAAUAGUCCAUUGUUUUUGAUACUGAGCCGGCCAUUUUUUUUUAGGUAAAAAACCGUCUUAACUUUGUCUCUCGCCUUAGGUGAGCCAAGAGGGAAUGUCAGACCCUUACUGACUAAAACCCACCUCGUUCCUUCUCCUGUUCUAGGCCGGUAUCGCGGUAAAUUAUUGCGCUUGCCCCUCAACCCCACUGAAGUAGUGAAAAUAAAGCUUCAUGAAAAACCACACAAUUUAGAGUACCCAAACAAUAGCUUCUGCAUCUGCACUGAAAAUAUUUUUAUUUUCUUACCUACAAACAGAAAAACUUGGCUAAUUGUAAUUAUAAUUGUUCAGCAAUUAAAGCCAUCUGUCACUUAGAGGUCAAAAAAGCAUCUUUAUUGCACUGUUUCUUUGAGAAAAAGUUGAUUUUCAUAUUUAAACUUUAAUAUAAUAAUUGUAUAAAAGAUUAUAUUUAAUUGCUGCGUUAUAAUAUUACAAAUAUAUACACGUAGAAGGCAUAUCACGACUAAAAUGCUUCGUUGGUUCAAUGGUGGUAUUUGCGCAUAUUAUGC